AUGGAGAAAACCGAACAAAGCAGGUCUGCCGAUACCAGCAUGCUGGGUCCUGCAUACCUACACUGCAGCUCUGAACAAACGCGUGAAGGUAUUGGAUUAAUGAACCCGGCGUGGAACGGAAUAUUCUCCGUAGUGCCUUGCUUCCUGUGCCUGCGGGUACUGCAGGUGUUUUUGGAUGGCAUGCACGGAAGCCCUGAUAUGCGGAUUUCAGAGCUUGCAAUCGGAAUCAUGCAUGUUCCCGAGGUGCAAGCUACGAGUGCAGGCGACGAGCGGCAGUAUUGCUCCACCCCGCAGCUGCCACAUACCCUCGUUAUACCUGCAGCAGAGCGAUGCUACAAGGGUACUGACGAAGUGUUCGCCGGUCUCAUUUACCAGGAACUAGAGGAGCACAAGGCCUUCUGCAUACUGCACAAACCGCAGGCUUUCCCUAGCUCGAGUGGCGAGUGCCAUCAGGCAGUGGCUGCGGCAGGGGAUACCGACAGCUCAUCCGUCGCAGACGAGUCUUCGGAAACAAUUGACACCAGAAACGAGUGUGCAACACCCGGUGAUUUAACGGUGGAGGCGGAAAUAAACCUUUCAUGCACCACUCCUUUAACGAUCUUGGUAGAUAGGCAAGACCUGACGCGUUUUCAUGUCUGUCUAUCUUCACCGGCAAUUCAAACAGUUGUUGACGGCGUGUCAUAUCUCCAGACCCUCGAUCCGGUCGAUGUUUUGAGCCAGCAGCGUAUUACGCUUAAACCUGUCCCCUGGGUAGAAAAAGAGGGAAUCGAAGUAUGCACUCAACAAACUUUAUCAUCAGACGAUAACGCUUGCAGGAAAGGACGUAUUGAAUGUGGAAUUGUUGCCUCUAACGUCUCUCCCAGCCAGUGGGAUUUCCUGGCUAGCUCCGAUUGCCUAGUGGAUGCUCUAGCAAUAUGCGAGAAAAAGCGCCUGCAGCUUGCGACAGCCAACAAUCUCUGCACUAGCGGACAAGUUGCUGAUGACACGAUUACGACUUCGCGUAUGGACUGCAGGGGAGUUCAUGAAGAACAGGAAGUCCAGGAUAGUAAGAGUGAACGGGGAAACAUCUCCCGGGGACGUUUUGGCCCGUUUGGAAGCCAUCAAAUACCAACCAGCAUGCAAAUGCUGGUGCCUUUGCCAGAUAUAGCCUACCUCAUGGAAACAGUGGUUCCUGUAUUGUAUCCUGCUCUAGAAGCUGUACUUCGAGACCGGCCAGACGAACCCCUUGCCUACCUUGCUUUUUACCUUCUUAGGCAUUCCACUGGCUACUCCCGCACAGCAACUACCCUUCAGAAUUCCGGGGCACUUUGA